GGAAACUCAAACCCCUUUGGUGGGAAACUCCUGGGAAAGUGCCAUCUUGUGGGCCAGCCAGGGCAUCCUGUGUGAUGGACGGACUUUCUCUACAGGACUAUGGAUAUCCAAGAGCUGGGAGGCCCAAAACUGGAGUGAUAACAGAAGUGAAGCGAUGUCUGCUAUUCUCAACAAGAUGAGCGAGUUCUUCUGCCCUCCAGACCGGGAGCUGGCCCUGAGAGGACAAAUAAAGACGGGAUGGUCGACGGUGGCAGCCCGCAAGAAGUCUCGACCGAGUCAGAUGAGGCUGCCUCCUCAGGAGAUACAGCACAUCCAGGCAGUGGUGGCCCAGGCUGAGGCCCUCCAGAUGGCCGAGGAAAUACGUAUUGGUGUCCAGAUGUUGAAACUGCAGCGACUGCGGAAGAGUUGUCGUGGGAACGGCACGUCCACCUGUAUCCUGUGUGGCUAUGACCUGGUCCACCACAGGAGCCGCAGUAUUAGCUCCAUACACGUCUGUUUCGAGUGUGCCCAGGCCGUGUGCUCUCGAUGUAAGGCAGAGUACAAGUGUCACACAGGGGAGACUGUGGUGCUGUGCCGGCUGUGCAGCGACGAGAGAGAUCUGUGGAAGAAGAGUGGUGCGUGGCUGAACAACAAGCUCCCAGUCAUUCACGUCUCAGAGGAGGAGCUGGAGAAAGCUCAGCAGCAGAGACAGAUGACAAUGAAAGUUAUGCCACUGAGAACUGACCUCAUAGUUCCAGCCAGUCAUCUGGACGAAGACGACGACGAACUCGAAGACGAUCUCUCCACCGUCAGCGGAUCGACCGCUAACUACGGGGGCUUCUCCUCGUUUUUCGCCAAUAGUGCCCCCUCCUCCCGUUCUCCCAGCCCGCCGGACAUGUCGUUCAUGGCAACGGAGCCCAACGCAGCCGCUGCGGCGUGGAAGGGCGACCGUCAGGGCUCGGCCGAGCUUCACCCUCAGUCCCACAUGACCCUUCCCUACGCCAAGAAGCCCCACGGGCAUGAGGAAAUCUGGUUCUUACGACCUGGUCGCCAUCCGCAAUCGACAGCGCUCCUCCACCAUGCCGUCCAAGGAACGUAG